AUGAACAAGAGGACUCCGAAAAGCCCCGGGGGGCCCCACCCGAAGCCCCGAGGGGGCCCCUUGACCAGCUCACUGACACCGGCGGAAGUCCUCUUCUUUACGCGGCUUCCAAAGGCACGCCACCUCGACAUAGUGAAGCUGCUGCUGGAGCACGGCGCCGACGUGAACCAAAAGGGCUAUGGAAAUCACACGGCGCUCUCCCGCGCUGUCUGCGCCGGGCGAAAAGCUGUCAUCAGUUUCUUGCUGACGGUGCCGGGAAUCGACCUCAACGUUAAGGAGACAGGCACGGGAGACAACUUGCUGCACCUCGCUGUGGACGGAAUGACUCCGGUGGGAACGGCGCGAAUGGACUUCAUGAAAGAAUUGGAAAAAGAAAUUAAAAAUUUGAAAGAAGAAGAAGAAGAAAUUGAAUAA